AUGACAGACAGCGACUCACUGCACAACACACCGGCAAAGCUGUCGGACGAGCAGAUCAACAGCGCCAGGAUCGCCUUCCUUUCACUUAAGGACAUCAAAACGCUUUCACCUGCUGAGAAGAAAAUUGUGCAGCAUGCCUACGAAACGGAGCUGGUGCACCUGAGCAACACAAUCAAAGAGAUCAGAGCCGAAGAAAAGCUUUAUAUCGAGAGACUGUGGAAAAAGUCAGCAGUGAUAGUCAAGAACAGAGAGGUGCCGAGUCAGCUCACGAACACCGAAUCUAUCCACGUCAAUCUGGUCAGGUCCCACAACAUAUUUGAGGUGAGCAUGGCUUGGAUACGGAAGAAAGUGAUGGCGGUGUACUUCCAAAGGCUGUGCACAGAUUCGAUGUAUUUUAUUGAGAAAUACCACAUGUUCUGCUACUCGGACAUCGCAAGCGGUCUUCUCUUCGAGCUGCAGAGCGCAGAGAUCGCGUUCAAUGCCAAUUUUUGUUCGAAUGCGCUAUUAAGGAGCGUGAAUGCCGCCAAGAAAACACCCUACAAGUGA